UCGCUGUGUGCAGUCAGAAAGCAUGUCCGACAGACUUAGCUUGUUUUGUAGCCUCUGAGCUAGAAAUGUGUGUUAUCUGCGGACUUAUAUAGUUCUUUAAUGCUAACGUAACACUCGAUAUCACACUUAAUGUACGCAGAGGCAAUUCCGUGUAUUCAUGUUACCUGUUAUUUGUAUUAAUGCGCAUUCGUUUGACCAUUUUGGCCACGCUAAUGUUAGCCGACUAGCUAGCUAGUUUGACAGCCACCUAACUUUGUGACAAAGUGGUCUUCCACAGUUGUGAUGUUGCAUGAAACGCUGACCUUGUAGGCGAAACACUGCAGAGCGGGAGGUCCAUUCACACGGGGUUUCUGUCAGAUGCUAUGGCGUCGACCAGGCUCCUGUGUUCGUUCACAGCUAAAGUUGCAGGCUUGACCCAAACAUUAGCCCGGACAGGGUGUCGUGUUGGCUGCAGGAGACAUGUCUGCAGUUCACCUUCAAGACAGCAGAGCUGCAUGUCGGCCUGGGUCGUUGACCAGUAUGGAAGCAAUGGAGUUUUGAGGUACACAGAAGAAGCUACUUUGCCUACUGUUACCUCUCCCAGUGAGGUGAUGAUUGAAGUCCUCGCAGCCAGUCUGAACCCUCUUGAUAUAGCCAUGAGGGCUGGUUAUGGAGCAAAAUUGCUCAAAUUAAGAAGGGACCCAGCGUCUGUGAUUAACAGUGACAGUGAGUUUCCUUUGAUUCUGGGCCGUGACAUGUCAGGUGUAGUGGUGGACUGUGGAUCUGAGGUCACCCAGUUUGUUCCUGGGGAUGAGGUGUGGGCUGCUGUUCCACCAUGGAAACAAGGAAGUCUAGCACAGUAUGUGACUCUAACAGAGUUUGAGGUUUCCCAUAAGCCAGAAUCCGUGAGUCACACAGAGGCAGCAUCAAUCCCCUAUGUAGCCAGCACUGCUCUGUCUGCACUUGUCUGUGCAGGUGGUCUUUGCAGAGAUAGCGCUUCAAAUAAAAGAAUUUUGAUCAUUGGAGGAUCAGGAGGUGUCGGGACAUUUUCUAUUCAGUUAUUGAAGGCCUGGGGGGCCCAUGUGACUGUUACCUGCUCCCACAAUGCAGAGGGCCUUGUGAGGGGUCUGGGGGCUGAUGAGGUGGUGGACUAUACAGAAGGAGACUUUGCUGAACAACUAGAAACGAUGGAGAAGUUUGACGUGAUUUUGGACAACAUUGGUGGAGAUACGGAGGAGUGGGCGAUGGGCCUCCUGAAGCCGUGGUCAGGGGCGAAGUACACAACGCUGGUCACACCUUUACUCCUCAACACUGAUUCCAUGGGCCUGCUGGACGGGGCAGUCAACGCCGGAGUCACCCUGUGCACCAAGGCCUUACAGGAGUUCAUUUCAAACGGAGUCUUCUACCGAUGGGGGUUUUACUCUCCAGACGGCCCCUCCCUCGAUCAGGUCGCAAAGCUGGUGGAUGCAGGAAAGAUCCUGCCAGUGGUGGAGGCCCAGUUUCCUUUCACUCAGGUGCCCCAAGCUUUUCAGAAGUUGGAGCACGGCCACGCCAGAGGGAAGACGGUCGUCCAGGUGGUUGAAAAGGACGACAGACUGGAAGAAGGAACAUCUAAGCAAUACUAAAGAGAAUAAAUCCCUCUCUGAGCCCUUCUCUCCACCUCGAGACGACGGUAUCAUGGCUGCAUCUGGCAAAUCAGAGGUGAUGCCGUUGUGAGGCAAACGACAAAGUGUGAAAUGAACAUGCAAAGACGGCUUGUCAGAGGCGGUUGUUUUUGUUAUGCCUCACACCCUCUUGUUUUGUUUUGUGUUGAUGUUUUCAUAAGGAGGCUUGAGUUAUGCUGUGUUCAUGUGAAGCUGUCAUAAUUAGGUCAAUAUGUUGCUUUUAAUUACAGCUAGAUCUCUCUCUCUCUGUCUUUCUGGGUGCUGUAUUCUAAUUUCUAAGUUAUGUUUCAACAAAGAUGAUAUACAAAGAUAAAUAAUGUUUGUCAAUAUUGUUUAUGUCCAGUCCAGUGCUGGGUCGAGCAGUAUAAGACAAAUAAAAAAUUUGCAUUAUUUUUUA